GGUACCGAGUAUAGAUAGGUCCCUCUCUGUCCCCUUGCACACGUGGCAAAUGUGUAUUCUCUCGUCCGAGCUUGCCAACCCUUAGUCAUUCUUUUAUUUUGCACAAACCUUGCUGCUCUGUCGUUGCACUGCAUAUUCAUCACGCGCGCAAACAUAUUUCCCCCGGUCACAAUGCGUCCUUCCGUGCUCAUCGUCCCUGGCGCUUGGCAGCUGCCUGUCGCCUUUGACACCCUCAAGGCGGAUUUGUCGGCUACCUUCCCCGAGGUGUCCGUGGUCCCUCUGCCCACUGUCGGCGGGACCUCUACACCACUCCCUGGCCUCAGCGACGAUGUUGCCGCCGUCCGCUCCGAGCUGGACCGCCUCGUCUCCAAGGGGUCAGACGUUGUCGUCUACAGCCACUCUUACGGUGGUGUAGUUGCCAGCAACGCCGUCGAGGGUUAUGAUGCCAAGUCGCGCACCGCCGCCGGCAAGACUGGUGGUGUCAUCAGCGUCGUCUACGCCAGCGCCUUUUUGCUCCCCAAGGGCAAGAGCCUGAUUGACAUGCUCGGUGGCGAGCCCCUUCCUUGGAUGAUUAUCGAGGGUGACCGCGUCACGGGUAACGCCACCAUGCUUCCCGAGGUCGGGUUCAACGACCUUUCCCCGGCCGAUGCCGCCUUCUGGGCCACCAAGAUGACCUACACAGCCAUCGGUGCUUUCGUCACCCCGUCCUCGUACGAGCCCUGGUCAAACGGUAUCGACUGCAGGUACCUGUUUGCCACCGAGGACAACGCCCUGCCCUUCCCCACACAGCAAGGCAUGGCUGCCCAGAUUGCCGACUUGAAGAGCGCCACGGAGCCCAGCGGUCACUGUGCUCACCUCAGUAGGCCCAAGAAUGUCACUGAGAUCCUGACUGGAUGGUUCCAGUAAUUUGUACUCUAGUUAAUCAGGAAUCAGAACUGUUC